ACUACACUGUCGCACAAAGUUCGCAUAGAAUUGAAUCGAGCUUGAAAAUGUUUUGUGGUCGCAAGUGCUGUCUGUUCUGCCUGUUCAUGAGCGCCUGGGGCUUCUUGAUGCUGAAUCUGCUGGGUAUCUUCUUCUACGUCCAGUCACUGAUGCUCCUGGAGUCCCUGCCCUUGCCCCACCACUUCCCCAGUCAGGAGGCCUUCAAGGAGCAGGCGGACGAGGCCUACCAGGACGUGUCCACACGGUGCUUUGUAGCCGCCGUUUUCUAUCUGGGAUUCGUCUUCAUUGCGAUAGUGGCCAUUCGUCGGGAUAACAAGAGAAGGAAGCGACUCUACAAGCGGGGUCCCGGUCACUUGCGAUUCCGUCGUUGAUUUGUAUGAUUGGUUAUUGAAUAAACAAUU